GAAAGUAAAAUAUCGAAAGCAUGAUACUCGCAAUCACUACCGUUCCCAAAUUUGGCCACCUUGGUUCCACCAUCGCCACAAGGAGGCCUUCCAGCACUCGGUCAUGUGUCCUUACUAACACAAGACCUUUCCUGGUGAGAUCAUCAUCACGUGAAGCAGCAUCGGAUGCCACUGACAAGGCGACCGAGGCUAUCAAGAAAGGGGUGAAGGAAGUGAAGACGACUGCGGAAGAUGUGAAGAAUAAGGUAACGUCAGCCGCAGAUCAGGGGUGUCAGCAGACAAAAGAAGCGGUAGUCAAGGCAUCUGAAACAACACAAGAAACAGGAGAGAAAGCAAAACAAACCGUCCAAGAUGCAUGGUGUUCAGCAAAGGAAGCAGCCCAAAAGGCCAAGGACACCGUAGCCAACAAGGUCGAGGAUGCCGUUGAUACCAUCAAGGACACAGCUGAGUCUGUCAAGCGUUCCAUGACAUGAUCACAACAUCACCAUAUUCAUUACAACUAAAUGCAACAUUCUCCUUAAUCUUGUCAUAUUCUUAUUAAUUAUUAUUUAUUAUCAUAUAGAUGUGUUUGA